CAGCCCAGGGUGGUGGUGGGGACGGUCCGGAAAGCGGAAGCCUUGGUUCUCACGCUGUCUGUCCGCCCGUCGCUCUCCCCAGACUCGGUGGAGUGGGAGGGGCGCAGCCUCCUGAAGGCGCUCGUCCGGCAGGCCGCGCUGCGGGGGGAGCGGGUCCACGUCCUGGGCUGUGAAGUGAGCGAGGAGGAGUUUCGGGAAGGCUUUGAUCCCGGUACCAACAGCCGGCUGGUUUACCAUGACCUCUUCAGAGACCCUCUCAACUGGUCAAACACUGGAGAAGCCCUUCCUGGGGGGCCCCUGGGAGUCUUGAGAGCAAUGUGCAGGAGAACAGGUCCUGGUCCUGUCACCAUUGCUCUUGAUUCUCUUAGCUGGCUGCUGCUUCACCUGCCCUGCACCACACUCUGCCAAACCCUGCAUGCUCUGAGCCGUCAGGACUCCUGCCCUGAUAACAGCUCCCCAGUGGAACAUGUGCGUGUGCUGGGCCUGCUACAUGAAGAGCUUCAUGGCCCAGGCCCUGUGGAAGCAUUGAGCACCCUUGCUCAGAUUGAAGUGACCUUGAGUGGUACAGGGGACCAGGCCUCAGCUCACAUUCUCUAUCGGAGGCCCCAACAUCGUCCAACACAUAAGAUUCAAUGGUUCACCAUCCUGCCUGACUUCAGCCUGGAUCUACAAGGGGGGUCUCCCCCAAAGUCCCAGCCCCACCCAGAUCCUCACACACACCCGGUGGAUCCCACUACUCACUUGACCUUUAACCUUCACCUGUCCAAGAAAGAGAAGGAAGCCAAAGAUAGCCUGACCCUGCCCUUCCAGUUCAGCUCAGAAAAACAGCAGGCUCUACUGUGCCGUGGUUUAGGCCAAGCUACCAGCCAUAUCUUCUAUGAGCCAGACGCUUAUGAUGACCUGGACCAAGAGGACCCAGAUGAUGACCUCGAUAUUUGACUAGACUGAAUUGGAGGGGGUGCGGAGACCUUGGGCCUGUACCCAUUGUUCCAGUUGGCCUUACCUUGUUUCUGCCCCAUCUUUGUUUCCUGUGUCUGGAGACCCUACCCUGUGACCCAUGAGCCAGGGAGCAGUGUCCAGUCAGGACAAAAAGUGGGAUGGGCCCUGGCCGGUUUGGCUCAGUGGACAGAGCAUCAGCCUGCGGACUGAAGGGUCCUGGGUUCGGUUCUGGUC